AUGGGGAUUGUGACGCUUGUGGUGCGCGACCCGCGCCGCGGCGGCGCCCAGAAGGCCUUAAGCUGCGAGCUGUCGAUGCUGACCCGCGGCAGCGGCUUCUUCGCAGCUGCCCUCGCCGGCGUCGGCCCCGGCCAGGAUGCGCGCAUCGACGUCGAAUGUGAUGCGGACGUGUUUGUGUGGAUUCUGCGCUACAUGAAGACCCAACAUGCAUCCGGCGGCGACGUGGCAGGCUGCGGUGCCGCGCGAGGCGCCGCCGCCGCCCCCGCUGCGGGCCCUGAUGCGCCGGGGCGCGCACACAUGCAGCGGCGGCACCAAGGGGGCAGCGGUGGUUCACAGGAGCUGGCUGUCGGCAACUGCCUUGAGAUCUUGGUGGCCGCAGAGUUCCUGCAGAUGCCGCGCCUGGCUGCGCAGGCCGUCGCGUUCGCGGCCGCGCGCCUGCCAGAGCUGCUGGCGGCGCGCCCCGAGCCCGCGCCGCUCGGCUUGCUGCCGCCUGAUUUGUUGGAGCGCGUCGCGCUGGCCGCCAACGAAGCAGAGCUGGAGGAGGCGUUUGAGAAGAUCGGCGCCUGCGGGGGCGAGAGGCGCUGCCGGCCGCUGCAGCGGCUGUUCAAGGCGCGGCUGUCUGCGCUGCUGCGCGCGCACGACACCGUGCUGCUGCGCUGCGCGGCGUGUGGCGGGCUCUUCAGCGCGGCGGCGGCGCGCAAGCUCCCCUGCGAGGCCGGUGGUGGCGGCGGCGGCGGCGGGCCCCACGACGCGUCGCGCCUGCUACUGCACGUGCCCGACCCCAACUGGAGCUUCGGGGAUUACCUGCGGGCGCUUCGGCGCCGCGAGCGGCGCUCGCACAGGGAGAUCUACUGGCAUGUGUGGGGCCUUGUGCAGGUGUGUGGCUGGCUGCUGCUUCUGCUUCUGCUUCGGCUGCUGCUGCUGCUGCUGCUGCUGCUUCUGCUUCGGCUGCUGCUGCUGCUGCUGCUGCUGCUGCUGCUGCUGCUGCUGCUGCUGCUGCUGCUGCUGCUGCUGCUGCUGCUGCUGCUGCUGCUGCUGCUGCUGCAUUACCAAAUGCGUGUUAUUUGCUGA